AUGACAAUUCGAAAAAAACAUCUCAACAAGAAAAACACACUCGAAGAAGAUUUCAUGCCAGCCAAAGUUGUACCAGUUCCAGCCGAUUCUUCUUCUCAUCGUAAUCAGAACGAAAGAUGUGACGAAAGAAUUGUCUCCUCGUUCAAUAAGACAAAAGAUGUUAAGGAAGACCAACAAGAUUUAUUAUUAGAAGAAGACAACCAGCCCAAUACAGGACACGUCAAGGACAAGAAGCCUGUCAAAAUGGAAGGUUGUUUUUCCAUGAGAGUGGUCAUUAUCCUUCUCAUUAUUGUAUUACUACUCACAUGUUCCAUCUUUAUUUGGUUGGCAUCUUUCAUUGGUUCUAAUCAGGCUGUCACUGAGCUCACGUCUUCUCUCAUUGAACAAGUCGGCAAAAAGAUUAUGGUAUUUCUGAGUGGUGAGAUUUCUCCAUGUGCCGAUUUGGCGUGGACAGUUGCUGACGAUUUUAAUAUGGGACUCAUUCCACGUAGACCUCCCUUUGAGUACUUGUUUAGGAAGAAUUUAGUGUUCAGACCAAGUAGUGUUGGAAUUUACUUUGCUAAUGAGUUUUAUGCUUACUUUAACCUUACGAUUUUUCCCAAUGGAGUUCCCACUCAAGAAUUUACCAUUUACAUUAAACCACAAGAUUACAUUGGAGUUGAACAUUGGUAUGCCAACGAAACUGACGGUUCUCUGAUUGGUCUUGUGAUGAAUCAAACAACACCUUUUGUCGUUCCCUCACUCCCCUAUUGGAUCACAAGUUUCAAAUAUUUCAACUCCUUGGGCGUCGAUGGUGUCUAUGGAGAUCCCUAUGUGGUUGUGAAUUCCACUACAUGCAUUUUCUAUUCUGCCAAAUUGUUUGAUCCUGUACUUCUCGCUCAAAACAAUACCAAGAAAGUGAUUGGCUUUACGAAAGUGAAUUUAUCUCUUUCAAAUAUUGAGCGCUAUCUUUCCACAUUGUCUCUUCUUGGAAAGGGAUAUGUGCUCGUUUCUGAACCAAAUGAUUUAGUCAUUGGUGGAAGUAUCAAUACGACUGCUUUGAAUCGUAUUUCACGUGUCUCCUUGUUUGAACUCACUGAUCGAAAUGCUGGAAUUUUGAUGCAACAAGUGAAAUCAACAUAUGGAAGUAUCGCCUCCACUCCUGAUAUCUUCCAAAUUUCAAGUUUGGGAAUCGAUUAUAGAAUCUCUCGUAUGCAAUUCACUCUCGAGAAUAUUCGGUGGAAUGUCUUUCUAAUUGUCUACUCGGAGGACGUGUCACGAACCACCACGAUUACUACAGCCAUUUCAAUUGGUGUGGCAGUGGCGGUGAUUGUGUUGGGUCUCAUCACAAGUGUGCUGAUUGGUUACUUGAUUACACAACCUUUGAGAUAUCUCAAGAGUCAAUUCAUGAAGAUUAAGAGAUUUGAUUUGGAUCAAGUACAUUUCACUUCAAGUCGAUUCAAAGAAAUUGAUUCCAUCUAUGAGGAUUUACACGAUAUGGUUGUAUGGUUGAAUGAAUUUAAAAGUUUUCUUCCUGAAACAAUUUUCAAUCAGUUGCGUAAUAUGGAUCAAGAUUCGAACAACGACGAACAGCAUAAAAAGAUGACUUCAACAACGAAAAUGCAACAACAAGGUUCAAAUAAUGCUGAUUCAAACCACCAACUAAACAGUAAGGAUAAUCCUUCGUAUCAAGGAGAUUUGCAGAGUUCAAGCAGUGCCCAUAAUCUUUCCUCAUUGAGUGGAAGUCACAGAGGUGGUAAAUACCAAGACAUGGGAAAUUUGUUUAAACUUGGACUCAAUGAAAAGGAUGUGAGCGUUGUGAAUAUCAAAUUGAUCGGAAUGUGUCAACAAAUGUCAGCCUCUGAAAUUACAAAUGUCUUUUCCAAGAUUGCUAAUGGAUUGAGUGUUCUCUCAAAAACCAUGCACGCAGAUCUUCAUAUCUUGAGUGUGGAUGAAUAUCAGUGUUCAUUUGUGGGUACCAAUAACAAGAAGAAGGCAAAUAUUGCAGCACUUGAAGCAGCUCUUAAAAUUUCAAAAACUCUCGAGAAUUGUCUAUCGAAUGACAGAGUAAGAGUAUGUAUAGGAGUUGCGAGUGGAAGAACUCAUGUGGGAAAUUUGGGAACUCAUCAAUUGAGAUUUUAUUCCAUUGUUGGUCCUUUGAUUUCAAAUGCCAAGAAACUUUCUGCCUUGUGCCAAGUCAUUGCUGGAUGCUCCAUUUUGGCAGAUUCAAACACCAUGAGUAUGGGUGAUGCAAAGAAUGCGUUUGUGGUGAGACCUGUGGAACGAUUGGUGAUUGAGAAUGAAGGUUUCCAUGAAAUUGUCUCUUCUGUGUAUCAUGUCAUUAAGGAAAAUCAUGUUGUGAAGGAUGAAUGGAUGUAUGAAUUAGAGCAGCAAAAAGCGAACAGCAGGUUCAAAGAUUUCGAAGCCGCCUUUUCUGUCUUAGAAAGCGACAAGCUUAGUUCAAUGACUGAUGAAAUGGCCAUGUCGAGAAUCCUUGAAUCUCAAGUCAUUCUCCAAAAACACUUGGAGCAGCAUCCAGAGGAUGCAGUCACGACGAAUAGAAUUCUUAAAGUGUUUGAAACUAUUUGCCAAAAGUCCAAACAAGAAGGACGAGUGGGGCAAGCUCUCGCAAGUUAUCGAACUGUUUUGAAAAAGAGCUUUGAAGGAAUGACCAACAUGUCAAAUUUAAUUGAAAUUGAUUCCUCAUCGAUUGAAUAA